UCGAAACCGCCUGCGGAGACUUGAAGUCUGAGCUUCCAGUCAUGGAAAUUGCUUGCAGAGACUUGGAAUCAGAGUUCCCAGUCGUCAAAACUGCCUGCAAAGACCUGGAAUCGGAGCUUGCGGCCGUCGAAACUGCCCGCAGAGACUUGGAGUCUGAGCUUGCGGCCGUCGAAAUUGCCUGCAGAGACUCAGAAUCGGAGUUUCCAGUUGUCAAAACUGCCUGCAAAGACUUGGAAUCAGAGCUUCCAGUCGUCGAAACUGCUUGCAGAGACUUGGAAUCGGAGCCUCCGGUCGUCAAAACUACCUGCAGAGACUUGGAAUCAUUUCCAGUCGUUGAAACUGCCUGCAGAGACUGGGAAUAGGAACUUUCAAUCCCUGAAUCUAUAGCCUUCAGCGCCAGUUGCGUUGAAGUACGCUCUUCAACCUUGGAAUCAGAACCUGGAACCUUUUGAUGAAAAAACACAAGAUGAGAUAGUGGAGGGUUACAUCAGCAAGAAAUUACCAUUGACACCAUUUCCUUGGA